AUGAUUGGAGAAGAUUUGGACAAAAGGGAACAUUUUAUUUCGACGCUUGAAUCAAGAUUUUUGUAUCUUGCAGCUGAUGCAAAGUCUACCUUAAGGGGUUGGAGGCCAUCAUAUAGAAAUGUAUUACUUGAAGUGAGAAAAAAAUUAAAAAUUCCUUGUUCAGCCAAAUUAUCAACUGAAGAUCUAGAAGUAGAGAUUUUUCUACAUCUAUUGCAAGAAUACUCAAGUGAACCUGGAAAUUUUCAAAGCUCGAUGGGUAGCUCAACGUCUUCUGAAUGGGGUGAUAAUCUAGAACUUGGACUUAGUCGGUGGAAGGUACAAUCAGUAGCAGCUGUAAGGUUUGGGGCUGCAGAGCUUCGAUCGACAAUAUUAAAGGGAGGUGGGAUGCUUGCAUUUGAGAAAUUUUUUGCAUGGAUGGAAGGUAGCUUAUCUGGAAAGAUGUUCUCGGAAGCUGCCAAAUAUCAGAUGAAGAGAGAAGUUGUCAGCAAGGGUGGACAGUUAGCAGCUAUCAGCCUAGAAACCCAAGCGGCCUUACUUGCUGCAAAACAGGGUCUGAAAGUUGCUGCCACUCGAUAUUUGGGGCUUAGAAGUGUGGCGCAAUUACUUGGCCCAAUGAUGUGGGGUACCCUUCUGGCAGAUGUUGUGAUUCAAAUGCUUGGAACUGACUAUGCUAGAAUCCUGCGAGCUGUAUAUGCAUUUGCACAGAUUCGAAUCUAUCGCUCUCAUGGAAUUGCAUCUGAUUAUUAA